GGCAGGCAGCUGGGGUGGGGGGGCGGCCCUGGAAUAGGGCUGUGGCGGUGCGCGGGGACCCGGUGCGGUGGCUGCGGUGGCCGUGGGGCUGACGAGAAACUCCUAAGUUCCUGUGGGAGUGAAGUAGAAUUUCAUAAGAACAUAAUGGAUGGAGAGGAGAAAACCUACGGUGGCUGUGAAGGCCCUGAUGCCAUGUAUGUCAAAUUGAUAUCAUCUGAUGGCCAUGAAUUUAUUGUAAAAAGAGAACAUGCACUAACAUCAGGAACAAUAAAAGCCAUGUUGAGUGGCCCAGGUCAGUUUGCCGAGAACGAAACUAAUGAAGUCAAUUUUAGAGAGAUCCCUUCACAUGUGCUAUCAAAAGUAUGCAUGUAUUUUACCUACAAGGUUCGCUACACUAACAGCUCCACGGAGAUUCCUGAAUUCCCAAUUGCACCUGAAAUUGCACUGGAACUGCUGAUGGCUGCGAACUUCCUAGAUUGUUAAAUAAAAUAAAUUAUAAUAAACUGUUAACUUUUUUCAGUAUUUAAUACCUGUAGUUCAGUUAGUAAUUUUUUCAUAUAUAGCAUGUUGCCUGUGUGCGAUUGAACUUUAAAGGUCAUUGCAAAGCAGAUUAUCUUCUGUUCUUUUGCAUAGCAAUCAGAGUUGAAAUUUGUUUGCUACAUCAACAAAUUAAGGACAUUUUCACAAAUUGAAAAAUAAACAAAUAUGCCAAUU